UUUUUUUACUUCUCCAUUCAACCAUUUUCACAAACACCUCACCCACAUUUUCUCUCCCUCUACAACAAACACUUGUUCUUUCUCUCUCUCCCUCUCUCUCUCCAUCCCCAUUUUUCUCUCUCUUUACUGUCAGUUUCUAGAUCUCGAUCCCCAAUUUCCUUCCCUACCCCUUUUCAUUUCUCCUCCCAGCCCACAUUCCUCCGUUAAGCAUCUAUUUUCUCUCUGAUUAGGGCUAGGGUUUUCCGGUUAACUUGUUUUUUUUUUUUCGUUGGGGUUUGUUUUUCUCGGAUGCAUUCGUACAGAUGCUUUAUUGGAGGGGAUAAACGGAGAUUACAGCAAGAAUUCGGAUUUCUUUUUCAUGAUUAUAAUCAGGUCUUCUGAGAAGAUCUGAGAAUAAAAAAAAGAGGAGGAGGAGGAGGAGGAGGUAGUAAACAUUGUUGAGAUUGUGUUCGAAAACGGCUGAGGGGUGACAAAAUGAGUGCGUCCAGGUUCAUUAAAUGCGUUACGGUUGGGGAUGGUGCCGUCGGCAAGACUUGUCUCUUGAUUUCUUACACCAGCAAUACCUUUCCCACGGACUAUGUCCCAACUGUUUUUGACAAUUUCAGCGCAAAUGUGGUUGUUAAUGGGAGUACUGUUAACUUAGGACUGUGGGAUACUGCUGGACAGGAGGAUUAUAAUAGAUUGAGACCUCUGAGUUAUCGUGGAGCAGAUGUUUUCAUCUUGGCUUUUUCUCUCAUUAGUAAGGCCAGCUAUGAAAAUGUCUCUAAGAAGUGGAUUCCUGAGUUGAAGCAUUAUGCCCCUGGUGUCCCAAUAGUUCUUGUUGGAACUAAACUUGAUCUUCGGGAUGAUAAGCAAUUCUUCAUUGACCAUCCUGGUGCAGUGCCAAUAACUACAGCACAAGGAGAGGAGCUAAGAAAAAUGAUUGGAGCACCUGCCUACAUUGAAUGUAGUUCUAAGACACAGCAGAAUGUGAAAUCAGUUUUUGAUGCUGCAAUUAAAGUUGUGCUCCAGCCGCCAAAGCAAAAGAAGAAGAAGGGAAAGGCCCAAAAGGCUUGCUCCAUAUUGUGAUGGACAUGACCCACUCCUUCUCCUUGUAUCGCCCGUGUCUCUUUCGCUGCUUUGCCUUUGUCUCAGAGGAAGUAGGGAGGUCCUUCUACGUCUCCAGUGAAAGUCCAUUGAUCUAUCUGUGGAAGUUUCAAGCGGCUCGGCUUUUUUGUAAUUUGCAGUGAUCUCUGACUUUUUGAGUCACUACUUUGUAGGCCACUGCUUUGUGCCCUCCUUGUUUUGGUUUGCUUUUGUGUUUUAACAACCUGAAGAUCCAGUUAGGAAAACAAAUUUGUUUCGCCUCACUGUUGUCAUCUUUGUUAUUUUCAUUUUUCUAUAUGAAAAUCUAGAUUUGUUUGAUUUUCUUAUGAAAUUUAGAGGAUCUAAAGAUAUUCUGUGCUAA